AUGUCGGACGCUCUCUGCACUCGGCGGCAGAAACAAGUAGUUCUCUCCGGUACCGCACCUAGCUCCGAGUCUGUUGAUUUAGAUUGUGUCAUUGUCGAAAUCCUGUCACGUCUACCGGCCAAAUCUUUACUCCGAUUCCGGUGUGUGUGCAAAGCUUGGCGGGCCUUGAUCUCCGACCCUUAUUUCAUCAGAAAACACCUCAGCUGCAUCAACACCAAAAUCAGCACCAGCUACUCUCUCCUUAUCAGAGAUAAAAUUUUCCAAUCCACAGAGUACGAAGCAAUAUUGAAGUUUUUGAGCCAUGAUGGUCCUCUUCCAAGCAGAAGGCUUGAUUUUCCGGUACUGGAUCGACUGGUUAUUGUCUCUAGGAUUUUAAUAGUUGGCAGUUGCAAUGGCUUGAUAUGUCUAAUACUUGAUUUUCAUCAUUUUCUAAUGGAAGAAUCCUUUACCUUUAUGUUAUGGAAUCCUUGUACCGGAGAAUACCGGGUCCUACCACAGCCUCCUGUUCAUUCCUCCCGAGAAUGUUUUUUCGGGUUCGGUUAUGAUUCAACCACUGAUGAUUACAAAGUAAUACUGGGGAAUAGCUAUAAACCUGGUUAUGAAUAUGUUGUUGUCUUUAUGCUCAAAAGGGGUUCAUGGAGGAAGAUUGAAAGGCUCAACAGGUACUUCGGGGUGAGGAGGGUAGGGUGUUUAGUUAACGAAACUCUGCAUUGGGUAUUGAAGGAAAAGGAAGACGGUAGGUUAAUUACUUCAAGGAUAGUGUCAUUUGAUUUAGCGGAGGAGAAAUUUCAUGAGAUUCCAUUUCCCUAUCCUCCCGAUCCAAAUGACAAUGGGUUUUUGAUUGCCGAAGUUGGAAAUCCUUGUAAUUGCUUAACUCUAGUCUUUCAAACCGUGUAUAGUGAUGUUGCUGGCAAUUUAAAGUUGUGGGUUAUGAAGGAGUAUGGAGUCAAGGAAUCUUGGACUGAAGUCAUGAACAUCUCUCCAGAGGUUAUGGAUGAAGAUGAAAACAUCCCUUUAGAGUUUUUGUAUGACGGUGAACCGUAUACAUACAAGGCAUGCAUUUCUGAUAAUGGCGAGAUUUUGAUGCAGCUGGAACCUAUAGGCACCUUGGCAUUAUAUAACCCAAGGGAAAAGAAAUAUAGGACUGUCAUGGGGUAUCCUGAUUACAUGUAUGAAACUGCCCCUUAUAUAGAAACUUUAGUUUCACCAGUAACCGGCAGUACCGGCGCAAGUGUGUGA